AUGUGUAUCAGCAAGAAGAAAUCUGGGAACACCAUGAUAGUCAAUCGAACCAACUAUGUCAAAAACUCACCGCAACCUUAUUCAGUUCCUCUGUCAACUUGCAGUCACCAGAAUGAAAGCGCUGCACUUGUACGAAUGUUUGCACAAAUAUUUUGGUGCCACUUCAAAUUCGCGAAAUUCGGAAGUGGAGAAAAAAACAGACUAGACCUAUUUACUAAACAUCUGAGCCGAUGA